AUGGCUGAAGAAGCGUUGGCAAACACUAAGGAAGCGAACCGAGCGGAAAGCGAGAAAACACCGCGUCGCCACAACCCGCUAUCGAAGAAACGAGGUAGAACGUCACCAGAAGAGGUGGCAGUGAAUAAGCUUAAAAAGCUUAAAGAUAUUCACGAAGGGCCUAUGAUCCAGAAAACGGAGGAGGUAGUAGUCGAAAAAGAUGGUUGGAACACGGCCACUGGCAAGAAAAAGAAGGAGCCAAAGAUGCACCCACGAAAGCUGAGAAAGAAAGGUGACUCCCUAGUGGUGGAACUAAAGGACAAAGGCACCUACGCUGAACUCCUGCGAAGAGUAAGGAAUGUCCCUGUACUCAAGGAACUGGGUGACACCGUGGCGAGAACCAGGCGCACGCAAAACGGAGAUAUGUUUUUUGAGUUGCAGAAGCACCCUUCGGUCAAGAGCUCUACCUAUAAGCAGGUGGUAGAAAACUCCUUGGGUGGCGAGGUGAAGACUACGAAUCAAUCGAACCCAAGCUUGAAAGAGGUAGCUUGGCCCAAGCUACUCGUAGGUCUAGAUAACAUCAGCUUGUACGUUCCUCUGAAGCUGCGAGAAGGGGCGCCAGCACAUCCAAUCGGUGCCAAAUGUCGGUUGGGUUGGAAUAUUUAUGGGUACGUUCCAAACCACUCGAAUCAGUCUGCGAUCGUCGGUUUCCACAUCGGGACAGUUUCCGACACUGAUUGUGAACUAAAUGAGCAGCUUCGUUACUACUUCACCCUCGAGAAGCGCUCAAUACAGCUGCUACAGGAAACUAUUCGACGAACACUUACAGACCCAGAAUCCAGAUCGGUACAAGUCAGGAAUUGUCAUCUGAGCCUGCUACAACAACAACAACAACAACAACAACAACAACAACAACAACAACAACAACAACAACAACAACAACAACAACAACAACAACAACAACAACAACAACAACAACAACAACAACAACAACAACAACAACAACAACAACAACAACAACAACAACAACAACAACAACAACAACAACAGCAACAACAACAACAACAACAACAGCAGCAACAACAACACAAACAACAACAACAACAACAACAACAACAACAACAACAACAACAACAACAACAACAACAACAACAACAACAACAACAACAACAACAACAACAACAACAACAACAAUAUUCAACAGAGCCCACUGUCAAACCCCGCCGCAUCCUAUCAGCAUCUUUGGCUCGAGCAGCACGUUCCGCAUCCUAG